UAUUACACUUCGCGCGGAUCGAUGCAAGUAUCGAGACCACGGGAAUCUACGAAUCGAUACGACCCCUCUUGGUGGGAAGGCGGCGGCUGGGGGGCAAUGGCUGAGUGCUUCCUGCCAGCACCAGGCAGCCCAGCCGAGAACCGCAGGGCGGCCGAGGGCUCAGGCAUGACUCGCAGCCCCAGCUUUGAGGAAGUUAGCCCUACAAAGUUCCCGGGUCUCUACCGCCUCACUGAGCCCACGGGACUCACAGACGGCAGCCAUCUCCCUGGGGAGGUCCCUUCUGAUGAGGAGCGCGAGCACGCCAAGAAGAAGAGCAAGUUCAAGAAGAAAGAGAAGAGAACUGAGGGAUAUGCGGCUUUCCAGGAAGACAGUUCAGCAGAUGAAGCAGAGUCACCUACCAAAGUGAAGAAGUCCAAGGGUAUCCAAGUAUUUAAAAAGCCCAGCUUCUCCAAAAAAAAAGAUAAGGAAUUCCGCAUUAAGGAAAAGGUCAAAGAGGAGAAGCCCAAGGAAGAGAAACAAAAGGAAAAGAAAGUCAAGGAGCGAACGCAGGCUGUGGCAGACGUUGUAAAACUCCCCAAGAAGGAUAAGCAACAGAAAAGCAAGAAGAAAAAGAAGGCCAGUGUCUUGGCUGUACCCGAGCAGGAUUGGCCCGAGGUAGAGGUGGUUGUGGGGCCCAAGCCUGGUCCCAUCUUUGGUGCCACAUUGGAGGAGGCUGUGCAUCGCACUGCCCUCUACGACGGCGUGCCCUUGCCAGCUGUGUGCCGAGAGUGCAUCGACUACAUUGAACGUAAUGGCCUCAAGUGUGAAGGCAUCUACAGGGUUUCUGGAAUAAAGUCGAAGGUAGAUGAAUUGAAGGCCAUAUAUGAUCGCGAGGAGUCUCCCAACCUUGAAGAUUAUGACCCUCACACAGUUGCAAGUGUGCUGAAACAGUAUCUGCGCGAGCUUCCAGAGAGUUUGUUGACACGAGAGCUCCACCCUAAAAUUGAGGAAGCCUGCAGCCGUCCUUUGGUUGAAGAUCGGCUGGCUGAGUGCAAGCGACUUUUGGCAGAGCUUCCCAAAUUCAAUCGCCAUCUCCUCUCCUGGCUCAUGGUCCACAUGGACCAUGUGGUGCUGCAUGAGAGUGACAAUAAGAUGAAUGUGCAAGGCAUUUCUAUUGUCCUGCACCCUACAACACAGAUAAGCCACCGACUGCUUUAUAUGUUUUUUAUGAAUGUGAAUGACCUGUUUAAGAACGUGAAUCUGAAUUCUGCAAUCAGGCCACUUCGUUGGUCCAACCUGGCAAAUGCUCCAAACUUCCCAGAGAGCCAAGAAAAUAUCAAAGAAGAGAUCCGGAGACAGGAAUUCAUGCUGAACAGGUUACACAGUGACUUGCAAGCUGGUGUUAAGGACUCUGGGAAGGAGGAAAGGCUUUGGGAGGUUCAAAGAAUCCUGACAGCCCUUAAACGCAAACUCCGUGAGGUCAAACGACAGGACUGCGAAGAAAAGAUAGCUCAAGAGAUUGCCAGCCUAUCAAAAGAGGAUGUUUCAAAGGAGGAAAUGACAGAAAAUGAAGAGGAAGUGAUCAACAUACUCAUAGCACAGGAGGAUGAGGUUUUGACAGAACAGGAGGAGCUGCUCGCCAUGGAGCAGUUGCUGCGGAGAAAGAUGGCCGCUGAGAAGGAGGAGAUAGAACGACUGCGGGCUGAAAUUGCAGAGAUACAGAGUCGACAACAGGUGCGCAGUGAGACAGAAGAUUACAGCUCGGACAGUGAAAGUGAGAGUGAGGACGAGGAGGAGCUGCAGCUGAUUCUGGAUGAUUUAAUUCGGCAAAAUGAGGAACUUGAGAUCAAGAAUAACCACUUGAAUCAAGCCAUCCACGAGGAGAGGGAGGCCAUUAUAGAGCUGCGGGUGCAGAUCCGCCUUCUUAAGUCUCAGCGGAACAGGCAAGAGCAGUGCCAAGAGGAGGCGGCCGCUGGAGAAACUACCAAGCUCUCUCCAGAUGCAUCAGCCGUCAUCGCUGUUGCACCCAACAAACUCAAGUUGGAAUCCGCUGUUGCCAUCGAUGCAGCAGACAACAGAGCUGCAGCUCGGUCUCCUGCAGAGAUUUCGGCAGAUUCUAAAGUGGCCAAGUCACCUGCAGAUGCUCCUCUGGACCCAAAACCUGUAAAGGAUGUGGGAAAGGAAGCAUCAAUGGCAGGAAUCGCAAAUGCGAAGGAUGCUGCAAAAGAUGUUGGGAAGGAUGCUCUCGCAGCAGAAGAAGCUGUUAAAGUGGUACAACCUGUGAAGAACGUUUGCAAAGAUGAUAGCGCGACAAAGAAUUCUGAUGAAACACAGAUUGCAAAGGAUUCUGGGAAGGGGGAGCAAGUGAAGGCUUCUGGGAAGAAUGUACCAUCAGCCAAGGAUGCUGGGAAAGAAUCCAGGUCAGCAAAGGAAGUUGGUAAAGAAGAGGUAAAAGGAAAUGCAAAGGAUUUACAGAAGCCUUCGCCUGCCAAAGAAACAGAAAUAUAAAGUGUUCUUUAAAAUGACCUAUAACAAAAUAAAUAGAACCUUUAAGCUAUGUAUAAUAUAUUAUGGGAUGUGUUUUAACCGGGUUCUAAUUUUCAGAAUAUGCACCUUUAUGUCCACACAUGCAAGUCAGAGGUAUCGCUUGUAUUUGUUUAAAAUAUUGUAGCAAUAAGUGAAAUGUGUAUGUAAGUUGUUUGUCCAUAAAUAUUAUGGUUCCAUUUUUAGUUCACAUUGAAAAGUGAGCCAACCGGAAUUUUAAUCAGAGCACAUUUUUUGCACAUGUAUUAACACCAAAAUGAAUACAAUGGAGUUUGAAUUACAAUUGUAAAAUAUAUGUUUAGGCCAUAAUAUAAUGGUCUGGCUCUUUUUUAUAAUGUGAAAUAAAAGUGAAACUGCUGUAUUAAAUUUCAAACAAUGUGCCUUUGGACAUGUCCCUGGGAUUGGAAAUAAAGUUUAACCUUUUAUUCCUAUUUUAUUUUAAUAACCUUGGUACAUUUAUUCAUGUUGCUUUUCUCGUCACCUUUCAUGAUUAGUUGAUUAAAUUGCAUAUGCUUUGUAAGGUGAUAACUAUUGCGUGUAAUAUAGUGUCUAUUGACACACUUUAUGUAAAGGAUAUGCACCUACCAGUUUCCUUUUGAGUACAUUUUUAAAUUAGAUAAAUAUGCGGUCACAUUGGGUCACAUUGCCCUUUAAUAGUGUUUAUUCAAUGGAAAUAUUCAUGAAAUGCGAUUUAAAUUCUGUAGCUGCAUGCGAUAAAACACCACGUGUUAAGUGUGGAUUAAAUUGUAUAUGCAUUAUCUGCAUGAUACGUGUCGUUGCAUAAGCAAGCAGUUAAAUGGUGUUAAGUAGUUUAUUCAUGCGAGGUCUAAACCAGUUGGUGAUGCAAAAAAAGGCGGCGGUGAUGCAAAAAAGAGGGCAGUGAUACAUUGCUCCGUACUUUAAGUUAAAUAUUUACUGCUUAUGUACGAUGUUAAAGUCAUGUAAACUUUGAAAAAUCCGCCAACUCGAGCGACGAAGCGCCAGUGGGGUUUUCAGUACCCGUUCUUUGACAGCAGAGGGCGAAGUGCGUUCAAUGGAAACGGCCUUUGAUGCGCACGCAAUUCACUUCGGAACCGAUCGAGUGUUUCUUAAGCCUAGACUAUCACACGGUAUUUGAAUACACUUUAAUUGGUAAUGGUGCGAGUGUGUAUAUGGCAAACUCUAAAUGCGUGUACCAGACGUGUUCACAGCAGUAUUCACUAUUGGUAUUAGGAACUGCCACACGACGCAAACUAACGUUCAGUCAGCUACUGAUGGAAUAUAUGCAUCUAUAAAUACCCACCAACAUUUUUUGUAUGCGUUUUCUGUGAACAAAAUGUACCAUUUGAGCGCCUUUUAUGACCGUUUAUGCAACCGUUUAGUUAUGCCGAAUAUGCAGUCAUGCAUAAUUACAGGCUUAUUCGGGAUCUUGUAUUGUUUAGUGGUGAAGGCCGUCAUCCAACAGUGUAUUGACAAAAGGGAUGUUGCACUGUAGGCAACAAUGCAUAGUUAAUGUACGUGCUAAUUAUAAAUUAAAUCAAACCCAGUUUGGUC